AUGGAUGCUUGGUGGAACAUGAUAACGUCUGUAUACAAUUUUCUCAGUGCCUCAACUAACCUUGCACAAACUCUCGACAGAAAAUACGCCAAUCAUCGAGCCAACAUUCAUAUUUCACCCCUAUUAAUUGAAGCUCCACCAGAAAAAUCCCGCCAGGUUUUUCCAGAAGAAUUUCCUUGGUUCGUACAACUGAUGAAUAAUGAACAAGAUUGCACAGGAAACAGUACAAAGGGAACUGUAUUUUCAAAAGAGCGGACAGAUUGUUGCGAAUAUCUUGAUAAAUUGAAUACUCAGCAAAAUAACCAACCCCAAGUAGAUAAAAAUGUCAGUAUAAUCGCUGGUAUUGAAAAAGAAUUACACAAUGUGCUAGCAUGGGAACAAUCUAUCAUUCAGAACUAUUUAGACAAUGAGGAAAGAGCUCUCGAUGAUUUAGUGCAAAACGUGAAUACUAUUUCCACUAAGAGUUAUGCGACAAGUGGGCGAAAUUCCACCCAGCAGGAAGAAAAUCAUAAAAGCCCUACUGAUGAUGAAACUGUGAAAUUCAAUGAAGUUUCAGAUGACAGUUGUGACAUUCAAAAAUUCAACAAUUUCGAACAGAAUAUAGACUCUUCCAAGUCACAAAAUGUACAUCAAAGUGGGGAGAUUGAUGAAAGAAAUGACUCGCAGGAAUGUUCGUUGUCUUUUGAAAAUCGUACCGUUACAAUCGCGAACUUGGGGACCAAAAAAUCAACGGGGAAACAGGACAGUUGCUGUGAUGAAGAGAAGACCGUUGACAAAAUGGAAGCAAUUCAUAAAUCCACAGUUGAUGAACGAAAUUCGAAAGUCGAAAAGAAAAAAUGUUCAAAAUACCAUAAACCAAGUAAGUGUAAACAUGAUGAACUCACUGAGGAAUCUGCAUCAGAAAAUAGUGCUGCCGUUAGUUGUAAGUUAAAUGGUGAUUUGAAUAAUGAAACUGAGAAAUCGGAACUGAGAUCUAUCAAGACUGCUCCUCCAGAUGAUGAGCUUUCUAAGUGUAGUCCCACAGUACCAAGGAAAGUGUGUAAGAGAAAUUAUUCAGAUAUCGUUCCUAAGAAUAUAAAUGAACUCAAAGAACACUUGGAUUCAAUCAAUAAAUCCAAAUUAUAUAAAAGACCUACUAGGUCAAUAAACACACGCUCCACUGAAAACAGGAAACUGUCUGAUGAUCCGGAAAAUAAAAACGUCAACUUCACUGUGUUCACUGCAAACAUUUCUUACAAGGAAAACCAGAAGAAUAAAUUGGUUUCAAAGAAGAACUCCCGAGUAUCUGAUCGCUUUGCGUCCGUUGAGAGUGUUGUUAAAAAGCUGAUAACUGGUGGUGGUAAAGUUAAUAAAAAUGCAGAAGUUGUAUCGCCAAGUAGUCCGACAAAUAAUAGGAAUGUCACUAUGAAAAAAACGAAUAGUCCACAAAUCAAUACUGAUUCUUCAGCAAAAACGAGUUCAGAUGUCGAUGAUAACAAAACUUCAAAAAAAUCUCUUGGGAAACUUCCUAAACCUACUUCGAGUACAUAUCCUGGGCAUAUUUCAGAAAAAACCAAUAGCAGUGUUGUGAAUGACAAAUCUCUACGUAACAAAUAUACUAUCAGUAAAUCGAUAAAACCUGAAAGUUCAUCUGAAACAGAGUCGACCACUAAUAAACUGACACCUAUUUCCAAAAUGAACACACCGGAUUCUGGUACAAGCAAACGCAAUACUUUUCAAAAAUUGAGGCAACCGUCUAGAGAGCGAUCAAGUCAUGCAAAGACCCCAACAGGAAAGCAACCUAUAACAAAAAAUUCACCAAGUUAA